UUUAUAAAUAAGUCACGUUAUGUCCAGCUUUGCAGGAAGUUGUAAGAUUACGAAAAUUGUAAUACACUCGAACCUCUUCUUACAGACACCUUUAUAUUAAGAACAGUUAAUAUUUGUUGCCAAAAUUCCAGAAUUCAUACAUUCUUAGACAGUUCAUUUACUUCUAGGAUACGGACACUUCCAUACUCUUCAUUAAUACUAAUAUGGAAAAUUGAGGAGACGAUGAACUUAACCUAGGUUCUUGGUGCUUAGUGGUACACGAGACCUCAAGAAGAGUAAGGAUCAAAUAAUGAGUCCAAUAGGUUAGAGCGGUUUUUAACUGAGUGUCGUGAAAGGAAAACACCAAACCAAUUACUUACCAAUUAGACUACUCAGCCAAUCUGAAAACCCAGGAAACCCAAACUGACCAAAACCCAAGACAGUAAUUGCGUGACUACUUUCGACAAUACAAUACAAUGUUUUUACAAUGUUUCGUCGUGACUUGCAGUAAUAAAUUAUGUAUAAACCAGACAAACGCGAGAUCAUUUACUCAGCUAACCAAUUAGAUAGAAGAUUAUUAUAACGGCAAGAAUUUUGACUGCUUCCAGCUAUGAAAAGUAUUCGUGAUCUGCAGCAAAUGGAGAGUGAUCCAAACGAGUUCAACAAGAAAACUGACGCAAGGGAGAAUCUGCAAAAGAUUGCUUCAGACAAGGGAUUCAGCAUUUGUGACAACCCAGGAUCUGGAAACUGUAUGUUCUACGCACUGUCAGAGCAACUUCAAAGCGUGAACGGAAUCGAAAUUUCGGUGACUGAACUGCGGAAAAAGUUAGUCGAAUUCCUCAGGAACUCCCCCAAACUGACCGAUGGAACAGAUUUGUUCAACUUUGUCUAUGGGUACCCAUCUUGGGCUGACUACUUCAGAAGCAUGGAAAAGGAUGGCACAUGGGGCGACCACUUGGUUCUCCGUGCCGCAUCAAGCUGCUUCAGAACUCCUAUUCGUGUAAUCAGCAGUCUUGACUGUGAUUUAGUCAUCAAUCCAGAUCAUCUUGUUGGCAACACCAGCCUGCUUGUUUUGGGACACAUCCACGAGAAACACUACGUUAGUCUGCAACCAACACAAGGGCAAACCAAUUUUGUUAACGGUCCAACUCAAAGCCGAAAACACAAAUCUCCUACAGUUUCGUCUACUUCUAGUACCCAGGGUACCAAGAAGAUACUUGGCGAGGACCAUGCAGCUAUGAAAAGUAUUCGUGAUCUGCAGCAAAUGGAGAGUGAUCCAAACGAGUUCAACGAAAAAACUGACGCGACAGAGAAUCUACAAAAGAUUGCUUCAGACAAGGGAUUCAGCAUUUGUGACAACCCAGGAUCUGGAAACUGUAUGUUCUACGCACUGUCAGAGCAACUUCAAAGCGUGAACGGAAUCGAAAUUUCGGUGACUGAACUGCGGAAAAAGUUAGUCGAAUUCCUCAGGAACUCCCCCAAACUGACCGAUGGAACAGAUUUGUUCAACUUUGUCUAUGGGUACCCAUCUUGGGCUGACUACUUCAGAAGCAUGGAAAAGGAUGGCACAUGGGGCGACCACUUGGUUCUCCGUGCCGCAUCAAGCUGCUUCAGAACUCCUAUUCGUGUAAUCAGCAGUCUUGACUGUGAUUUAGUCAUCAAUCCAGAUCAUCUUGUUGGCAACACCAGCCUGCUUGUUUUGGGACACAUCCACGAGAAACACUACGUUAGUCUGCAACCAACACAAGGGCAAACCAAUUUUGUUAACGGUCCAACUCAAAGCCGAAAACACAAAUCUCCUACAGUUUCGUCUACUUCUAGUACCCAGGGUACCAAGAAGAUACUUGGCGAGGACCAUGCAGCUAUGAAAAGUAUUCGUGAUCUGCAGCAAAUGGAGAGUGAUCCAAACGAGUUCAACGAAAAAACUGACGCGACAGAGAAUCUACAAAAGAUUGCUUCGGACAAGGGAUUCAGCACUUGUGACAACCCAGGAUCUGGAAACUGUAUGUUCCACGCACUGUCAGAGCAACUGCAAAGCGUUAAAGGAAUCCAAAUUUCGGAAGUAGAACUGCGGGAAACGUUAGUCGGAUUCCUCAGGAACUCGCCCAAACUGACGGAUGGAACAGAUUUGUUCAACUUUGUCCAUGGAUACCCAUCUUGGGCCGAUUACUUGAGAAACAUGGAAAAGGAUGGCACAUGGGGCGACCACUUGAUUCUUCGUGCCGCAGCAAGCUGCUAUAAAACUCCUAUUCGUGUAAUCAGCAGUCUUGGCUGUGAUUUAGUCAUCAAUCCAGAUCAUCUUGUUGGCAGCACCAGCCUGCUUGUUUUGGGACACAUCCACGAGAAACACUACGUUAGCCUGCAACCCAGACAAGGCACUACUCCCAAAUUAACCUCCACGAAAGAGGAAUCCAAUUAUGCUCAGUUGUGUCAGAUUCUGGUCACUGUGGGUUCGGCAUUCCUGAGGGAAACAUUUGACAGAAUCAUUCCGCCACAAAAUCUUCGGAAACAUUUGAAAGAUUAUCAAAAUCAUGACACACUGCGGUCACUUCGAAAGCAAAGAAUCCUCACUUCAAAGCAAUGGGGUCAACUGUAUCCUGAUCGCGCUUCCUCGGUGGCAUCCAAAGACUUUGACCCUACACUUCUUAUGAUUCUGUUAAGGACAGUUUGUAAGUUGACUCCACCAACAGCUGGCUGGGACGUACCUCCUCAUGCAGCAGACACAAGUCGCGAGGCUGACAUAGCCCGCGUGAGGUAUUUCAUGAAUACUGUGCUUGACCAUGCAGAUAAAUCCCGUGUUAAUGAUGCAGUAUUUGUUAACUACUGCGAGAACAUCCGGGAAAUGCUGGUCAGAUUAGGAGGAGAUCGUUAUGGUGACGUCAUGGACAAAAUCAUGCAUCAGAAAACGGACCCUAUCACCGAGGAACAUUACAAGGAGCUCCUGAUGCAGUGGAAAAAGAACGAGGACUGCAUCAAGGACAAAAUGAAUGAGCUGGAUAGUGCGACGGAAUCUUCUGGAGAUGAGGGCAUGUCUUAUCCAGCGCAUGAGAUAGAAAGGAUCCGCCAGCUCUACAAAACCCGUGAAGGCCGUGUGCUGCCAGUACCAUGGUGUGAAGAUUUCAGCUUUCAUCUGGAUGAGAUUUUCACCAGGCUCAGGUUUUUGAACAAAGAAAAAAAUAGAGGAACAUUGGCUGAAGAAAUCACCAACAUGACAGCUAUCUUCAAGGCGCAUGAAGGAAGUCAGAAGCCACGGACUUUCAGAUCUGCUAUUUACCUGCAUGGUCCUCGCCAAGCAUCCUCUUGGUACCCUGGGUACUAG